AAUGGGAAACAUGAAAUUGUCUUGUUUGAUGCUAUGCUUAUUGACUUUCAUGCUUGGGGUCACAGCAGAGCAAUGUGGUAAACAGGCUGGGGGAGCUGUGUGCCCAAAUGGGUUAUGUUGCAGUCAAUUUGGGUUUUGUGGCACCACAGAUCAGUACUGUGGAGCAGGUUGCCAGAGCCAGUGUAAAUCUAGUGGUUCAACUCCCACACCCACCAACCCAACUCCAACACCUAGUGGAGGUGGUAGUGAUGUUGGCAGGCUCGUUACCUCUUCUCUCUUCGAUCAAAUGCUGAAAUAUCGAAAUGAUGGACGGUGCGCCGGUCAUGGAUUCUACACCUAUGAUGCUUUCAUUGCUGCAGCUCGCUCUUUCAAUGGCUUUGGCACAACCAGUGAUGACACCACCCGCAAGAGGGAGCUUGCUGCUUUCUUCGCUCAAACUUCUCAUGAAACCACAGGAGGGUGGCCAAGUGCACCAGAUGGACCAUACGCAUGGGGAUAUUGCUUUGUCAACGAAGGGAAUAAUCCGGGAGAUUAUUGUACGCCCAAAGAUUGGCCAUGUGCUCCUGGUAAAAAAUAUUAUGGCCGAGGACCAAUCCAACUCACUCACAACUACAAUUAUGGGCCAGCGGGUAAAGCUAUAAAAGAAGAUCUGAUAAACAAUCCUGAUUUAGUGUCCACUAACCCAACUGUGUCAUUCAAGACAGCCAUAUGGUUUUGGAUGACCCCACAGGGAAACAAGCCAUCAAGCCAUGAUGUGAUUAUUGGAAAAUGGACGCCAUCUAAUGCUGACAAGUCAGCAGGCCGAGUCCCCGGAUAUGGUGUGAUCACCAACAUAAUCAACGGCGGUAUUGAAUGUGGGCACGGGCAAGAUUCUCGGGUCGCUGAUCGGGUCGGGUUCUACAGAAGGUACUGUCAAAUGUUGGGAGUGAGCCCCGGAGACAACUUGGAUUGCAACAACCAAAGGCCAUUUGCUUGAGCAAAUUUCCCAUAUUUCGUAGAAAUAUGUUGAAAUAAAGGGAUUUCGAUGAUCCCACAUGUAAUAGGAACCUUGUUGAAUAAGAAUGGUUCCAGUCUCUAGCUUAAAUAAAAUAAUUUAGUAUUUU